ACGUCCGUUUGAGUUCUCUGAUAAACGUGCGCUAGCCCUUUUUUCAUCAAUUGUUAUUUGUUAAUCAAUAAUACUGUAUUUUAAAUAAAAAUUAACAAGAAUGCAGGAAAAAAUCAAACUGAACAAUGGAACAGAAAUGCCUUUACUAGGACUUGGCACUUGGAAGUCUGUCCCUGGAGAAGUAGAGAAAGCAGUGCAAGAUGCAAUUACUAUUGGAUAUCGUCAUAUAGACUGUGCAAUGGUCUAUGAGAAUGAACAUGAAGUAGGAGUUGCAUUACAUAAUGUAAUAACAAGUGGAAUUGUUAAGCGGGAAGACCUGUACAUUGUUAGCAAGCUCUGGAAUUCCCACCACAGACCAGAUUUGGUGGAAGCUGGGCUACGUGAAUCCCUGAAACAACUUCAACUUGAUUAUUUGGAUUUGUAUCUCAUUCAUUCCCCGAUGUCAUUCAAAGAAAAUUCUGGUUUAAAUCCAGUAGAUGAAAAUGGAAAGCUAAUUUACUCCCAUGUAGAUUAUGUCGAAACAUGGAGGGCAAUGGAGGCUUGCGUACAAAGUGGACUCACUCGUUCGAUUGGUCUCUCUAAUUUUAACAGUUACCAGUUGCAGCGAAUCUGUGACAUUUGCACGAUUAAACCGGUUACAAAUCAGGUGGAAUGUCACCCUUAUUUAAAUCAAGAAAAACUGCUGGAUUAUUGUGCAAAGAGACACAUUGUUUUAACCGCGUACAGUCCGCUGGGUUCACCUGAUCGUCCUUGGGCAAAACCUGGAGAUCCUUCUUUGUUGCAAGAUCCUGCUGUGCUAGAAAUUGCCAAGAAACAUGGUAAAUCACCGGCUCAAGUUCUAAUUCGCUAUCAGAUUGAACGUGGAGUUGCUGUUAUACCGAAGUCCGUGUCAAAAGUCAGGAUCGAAGAAAACUUUAGCGUUGGUAGUUUCCGUCUGUCGGAAGAAGAUAUGGUCAAACUGAAUUCCCUAGAUUGCAACGAAAGAUACCUUCACCACGAGUGGGUUGCAGAUCACCCCUACUUUCCUUUCGCUAUUGAAUUUUAAAGGAGCCAUCACAAGUACCCCAACUAAUGUCAGGGUUUAUUUAGGCACUAUGUAUGUAAAGGCUGCAUUAAUAAAUUGGUGAAAGGUACAAGA